CCAUACAACAUCGCUUCGCCCUGACAUACUUGAGGCGAAAAUAUAUUUAUAUAGUUUUGAUUGAAUAUUUUGAGUAAUAGUCGGGCUGUAACAUCACAAUUUGGCAAAAGGAAGGCAGCCCAGAUACGGAACUUCGUCCAGAAGCUUUUUCCCGGGCAUAGGUGAAAGAUGUCGAACUAUAUGCAGCAAGGUGGUCACAUGCAAUAUGGCCAGCAAAUGGGGAAGGAUGAACAGAAUGCGAUGUGGUAUGGCCAACAACAUGGUUAUAAUGUUGACUCUGGCAUCAACAGCGAACACAACACAGCACCAUCAUCAUUGCAUGGAGACACAGAAAACUUGCUGUCGACAUUAGAUCAAGAGUUUGGUGCUCAAGGAAUGGCUGACAUGAACGAACAGUUCACCACCAGCAGAAGCUUGAGAAUUCGGCAUGCGAUGUUUCCAGAGAUUCCAAUGGAUGAGGGAUCUAAUGUGCCCAUUCCUCAGAUGGAUCCAACAGCAAAUACGGCAGUCCAGCGUUUGUCCCAACCAUCACAAAUGGUGAAAAAUGCUGUUGUUGAUCUCAUCAACUACCAGGAUGAUGCAGAUGUGGCAACCAGAGCCAUCCCUGAAUUGACAAGACUAUUGGCUGACAAUGACCCGGCUGUUGUUGGCCAGGCUGUGUCAAUGGUACAAGCGCUCUCAAAGAAAGAAGCAAGCCGUCAUGCUCUGGCUAAUUCUGGCCAACUGAUGGUGUCGCUUGUGCGGGUCAUGGACACAUCUGGUGACGUUGAGACAGUUAGAGCUAUUGCUGGUACAUUGCAUAGCAUCUCUGGUACCAGGCAAGGGUUGCUGUCUAUUUUCAAAUCUGGAGGAAUACCAGCUCUUGUGAAGCUUUUGGGCUCAUCCAUUGAGUCAAUUGUGUUCUAUGCAAUCACAACAUUGCACAAUUUGUUGUUGCACCAAGAAGGUGCGAAGAUGGCUGUUCGACUCGCUGGAGGAUUGCAGAAGAUGGUUGCACUGUUGCCCAGAUCCAACGUCAAAUUCUUGGCCAUUGUAACAGACUGCCUUCAUGUCUUGGCUUAUGGCAACCAGGAAAGCAAGUUGAUCAUUUUGGCUUCCGGUGGACCGGCAGAACUCGUCAGGAUUAUGCGAAGUUAUAGUUACGAAAAAUUGCUUUUCACAACUAGCAGAGUUUUGAAAGUUUUGUCCGUGUGUUCCAGCAACAAGCCAGCGAUCGUUGAGGCGAAUGGUAUGCAGGUGUUGGCUCAGCAUCUUGGUUCUCAGAGCAAUCGUUUAGUGCAGAAUUGCUUGUGGACACUGAGAAACAUGUCCGACGCUGCAACUCGUGUGGACGGUUUGGAUAAUCUGCUUCAAAUGCUGAUUCAGUUGCUAUCGUCGAAUGAUGUCCAAGUGGUCACGUGUGCUGCAGGCGUCUUGUCAAACCUGACGUGUAACAAUCCGAGAAACAAGCAGAUUGUGUACCGAGUCGGCGGGGUGGAGGCCCUCGUGAGAACCUGCGUUCAGGCGGGUGAACGAGAAGAGAUUACCGAGCCAGUAGUUUGCGCGCUUCGCCACAUCACGAGUCGUCACCAGGACGCGGAAGAGGCGCAGAAUGCCGUGCGGGUCCACUAUGGUCUGCCAGCUCUCAUCAAGCUGCUGAACCCCCCAUCUCGUUGGCCUUUGAUCAAGGCUGUCGUAGGUUUGAUAAGAAACCUUGCGCUUUGUCCCGCCAACCACGCAGCAAUCCGCGAGAACGGUGGCAUUCCUCGCAUGGUGCAACUCUUAAUGAAAGCCCAUCAAGAUAUUCGCAGGGCUGGUGGCCAGCCGUAUGCCGUAGACGGCGUCAGAAUGGAGGACAUUAUUGAAGGAACUGUUGGUGCUCUUCAUAUUCUGGCUAGAGAACCAAACAACCGGGCUGUCAUUCGUAGCCUGAUCGUGAUCCCAUUGUUUGUGCAGCUGUUGCAGUUUAACAUUGAGAAUAUCCAGCGUGUUGCCGCGGGUGUGUUGUGUGAACUGUCCCAAGAGAAGGAAGGUGCGACGAUGAUCGAGGCGGAGAAUGCUACAGGUCCAUUGACCGAACUACUUCGCUCAACAAACGAAGGCAUUGCCGCGUACGCUGCCGCCGUUCUCUUCCGCAUGUCUGAGGAUAAGCCACAGGAUUACCGCAAACGAUUGUCCGUUGAACUGAGUUCCCUCUUCAAAGAUGAUAUGCAGAUGAACGAGCAAAUGAUGGGAGAUCACCACCCAAUGGAUCCCAGUUACCAAAUGGAUCCAUACAUGCAGCAGGGUAUGCAACAACAGGGUGGUUAUCCAGUUCAGCAUGGUGGCUACCAACAACAGCAGUAUGGUCAACAGCAGCAGCAACUAUACCCUAACCACGAUCCUAACUUUGGCUACAACAUGGGCGGGCAUCCACAAUCUGGCCAGCAGCAAUGGUUCGACUCCGAUUUGUAAGAUAAAGAAAAACACUGCGCGCUGAUAUACUUUUUAUUAAAAAUGUUCAUGUCAAAAAUAGACGUAACAAGCAUGUAUUUCUAUGUAUUCGAUGGUGACUAGGAUGGAUUUAUUUCCAUCACUAGUCCACUAUAAGCAAUAUUCCUCGUAUAUAUCGCGGUGGAGUAAUUUGUAAGGUUGUUUGUUUAUGUUCUUGAGCUCUUUAUACAUGCCGUUUAAUAAUUGUCGAUUCGUUAAUGGAAAAAUUUAUAGGUGUGGGUGAAGUUUUGCCCACCGAUUUUUCUAAAGUUAAAUUUAGCUAACGCGCGUCGUCAGAAUGUCUUAGUACAUGUUCAUGUGUGAUUCGUUUGUAUUUGCAUUUGAAAAUAGUUCAACGGUAGUUUGUGUAUCUUAUCUUUCAUUUCCAAAUGUAUAUUUUGUAUUCAAUAUUCAAUACUCGACAUUCAAGACACUAUUCGCCUCCAACAGGCAUAUUUGUAUGGUAGGAAAAUUGACACCCAACCAAUUCAAGCUGGAUGUAAUAUAAAAUGGUGAAAAAGCCCUGUGUUUUUCUAAGCACAGCUUUGUAAACGACUUACUGUAAGAAAUUUACCCAAUUUUGACAGCUUGAUACCAUACAAGGGCCGAUGGUGUCUCCUGACUGCUUGCAAAGUGUACGUAGCUAGCUAGAAUGUUAAGCAGUAUUCUUUUUUUUUCUUUCAAACUUAGUCCAAGUAGAAUAAUUUUACUUUUAAUGUACACAUUUGCAUUUUCGAGUAUAGUAUCAUGUAAUUGUAUGGAUUUUAGCGUAUAUGAAAAAUCUGAAAAAAUGUACAAAAAUA